AUGUAUUCCCUAUAGAAAUUAUUGCCUAAUAAUAAAAUUCAAGUAAAGCCUGGAGCAUUCUCAUAGCAUCAGAAAUUAAAUUAGAGUGUCGAUGGUGUAUUGCCAAUUAAUUAAAAAUCUUCUUAAUAACUUAAGACACAAAUCUAAAUUCUCAACAAAAAAGAACCACAAAGAUAGAAUAAUAAAAAAUAAGAAUUGAUAUAUAUCCUAGAAAAUGCAUAACUUAAAGAAAAGUAAACUAAAUCAGUAUCACCUAAUACAACUCCUCAAUAAUAAAAAAGUAACAGAAAAUUAAAUUUUAAUCAUAUUACAGAAUAAGAUGCACAUUUUCUUAAUUCAAGUAAUGCUAUGGCAAAUAUGAUUAUUGAGAAUAUAUUGAAUAAAGAUGUAUAUUAUGAGAGAAUUCGUUCAGAAAAUCAAGAUUUAAAAGAUUAAUCUUCAAAAUUGCAAUUAACUCUAAAUGAAUUGAAAAAAAAGUUUACAAUAUUAGAAUCAACAAAUAAAGAACUUAAUUAAAAUUUGUAAAAUGAACGUCAACUGUAUUAAAAUUAACUAAUUAAUAUAAAUGAACAAAUUUAAUUGUUAAAACCAUUAAAAUCUAAUCUUUAAAUGGAAUAGAAAAAAACUGAAUCCUUAACUAAGUAGUUAUAAGAUUAAAUUGCAAUAAAUAAUGGAUUAAAAUCGUUUAUUUGUGAAAAUUGUUUAGUUUGCAUUGAGUUCCUAUCAUUUUUUUAAAAAAUUGUUUAGCAUUUUCAACCCUCAUUAGGGUUAGCAUAUGAUUCUCUUAUUUAGCUGUCAAAAAAUUCAACUGCAUUUAUUUUAGAAUUCAUAUCUAAAACAUAAAAUCUCAAUUUACCAGCAUUAAGAAAUUGUGUAUUACCAGAGGAAUUUGAUGUGAAUGGAUUCUUUACAAGAGUUGAAUCUUUAAGACUUAAUGAAUCUUUUGAAAUAUCCUUUGGAAAUAAAAUCAUGAAUGCAUAAAAAAAUGUAAAUUAAAAAUCAAACCAUAAUCUUCCUCUUCUUGAACCUACAAAGCCAAUUAGAAAUGUCUCAUUACAAGAAUAAUCCAAUUAAUUUUUUGAUAUUAGUGAACCUCUAACAGAAUCUUAAAUGGGUAGUCCUUAUUUUACAGACCUAGAAAUAAUGGAAAAAUAAAGAGUGCUAAGUAAAGAAAAAUAUAGAAAUUAAUUACCUUUAUAACUUAAUAUAUCUAAAAGAGUUAAUCAAGAUAUAAUUGAUCACUCUUAUUAGUUUUAAUCAUUCAAAAAUAAUGAAAAUGAAAUUAAUAUUCUUGAUACUCUAAUGAAAGAGGUUGCUUAAAAUAAAGAUCGUUGUUCCUCACUUCAUAAUGUUUUUUUGGAUUAAAAAGAACAUGACAAAUAAUCCAAAAGAAAUAAAGAAAAUUAAUAAUAAAUUAAUAAUUAAUAUGUUAUAGCAAAAUAUGAUUAUAAAGCAUAAAAAGUAAAGAUUUUAAAUGAUUUUGGUAGGAUACAGAUUUAAGUUUUAAAAAAGGAGAUUAAAUUAAGUUAUUAAGGAGAACUACAAAUGGUUGGUGGUAUGGAGAAGACAAAAAUUAAGUCAAAGGAUACUUUCCACAUAAUUUUGUUUAGUCAGUGGGAUGA